GAAUCCUGCUCUAUACAGUUGAUUACCCCCAUUUUUGAAUUUGAUAUCAAGUUAAUCCCAAAAUGAGUAUAGCUUUCUACUGAACCGAAAAACCUUAUCCCGAAAUAGACUUAGUAUGUUACGAAGUUGCUGAGUUUAUACGGUACAUAAGUCGACGGUGUUCCAGCUCAUAAAGCAAUUAUUAUUCAAGCAACUCGAGCUCCAGUGGUUCAAAAAUGUAUUCCAUCGGUAACGUAGUAGUAGUAGCUGCUGCUGCAUCCUCAUUCUAUCUUCUCAGUUAUGCCAUUUAUAACCUCUUUUUCCAUCCAUUGAAAUCAUACCCAGGACCGAAACUAUGGGUAGUUUGUAGAUUUCCCAUUACUUAUUACAAGAUCAAGGGGAAUCUUCCACAGAAGAUUAAAGAGCUUCAUGAUCAAUAUGGUGAUGUAGUUAGAAUUGCUCCCCACUAUCUACAAUACAACACGUCUGAAGCCUUCGAGGAUAUUUAUGGUUUUGUAAAAGGGCACCACAAGAAGAAUUUUGAUAAAGAUCUGACUGAACGAGGACCUGGUCCAAAUCAACCAAUACAUAUGUGAGUCAUCCACCUCAUCUAAAACUAAAUUUGAAGCGCUGACAUUUGUGAUGAAAGAGCGAACUCUUCGGGAGAAAACCAUCGAAGAUUACGUCGUGUUCAAACGCACGCUUUUUCCGACAAAGCCCUCGUAGCUCAGGAACCCCUCAUCCAAGAGUAUGCCCGAGAAUUCAUUUCUGGACUCAUCAAAUUCUCUUCUCUCACCUCGGAUAAUAGCAUCGAUCUAGGUGAAUGGUACACUUAUACCACCUUUGAUCUAAUCGGCGAUCUCGCAUUUGGAGAAUCUUUCAAAUGUGUCGAAACUGGACAAAUGCACCCAUGGAUCGAGAUAAUUAAACAAGUUCUUAGCAUUGACUUUAUAGUGAAUGAGUUAGCACAUUACCCAUUUGUUCGCUUCCUCUUUCGUCUUUUGAUUCCAAGUAGCCUAUUAAAUGGAUUUAAUGAGCACAGAAAGCUCGCGGGCGCCAAAGCGGAGCGAAGAAUGAAUAGUGCGCAAGAUAGACCAGAUUUCAUGAGUUUUAUCCUGAAGCACAAUGAUACGGAUAAAGGGAUGACCCUUGAUGAGAUCCGGGAAAAUGCAAGCGUUUUGAUUAUCGCUGGUGGUGAAACGGUAUAUAUUCCCUCAUUCCUUGAUUUGUUUCAAACGGUACUAAUACGAUUAAGACCGCAACUCUUCUCAACGGCUUAACAUACUUUCUUCUUCAAACACCAACAGCCCUUCAAAAUUUGACAAUCGAAUUAAGAAGCGCCUUCAAGACCCAAAAAGACAUUACUCUCAACGCCCUCGCUGCAUGCAAAUACCUCGGCGCAGUCGUCGAUGAAGCUCUCCGCAUCUAUCCACCCGGCCCCGGCACUUUGCCUCGCGUAGUGCCUGAAGAUGGAGGGAUUGUCGCCGGAAGAUUCGUUCCCGCUGGAGCAAUUGUCGGCGUCAGCUACUGGGCUGCUCAUCAUUCUCCCAAAAAUUUUCACUUAGCAGAGGAAUUCCAUCCCGAACGCUGGCUCAGUUCCCAAGAUGUCGAAGAACUCCGAACUGCAUUUCCAGAUAUGAAGCUUGCCGAUCCUAAAAUCUUUGAAAAUGAUGAUAAAAAGGCAAAAAAGCCUUUUAGUUUGGGUCCUUCAAAUUGUAUAGGUAAGAAUUUGGCAUAUGCGGAAAUAAGAACCUUGAUUGCAAAUGUUGUUUGGAGUUUUGAUUUGGAGGGAGGCAAAGAAAUUAGCACUUGGUUGGAGAGGAGUAAGAUGUUUACGACUUGGCGGAGCCCGGAGUUGCGGGUUAAAUUGAAGAGGGUCAACGUUUAGCUAGGAAUGUGAUAGCCAUAGAGGGAUCAAUGGGUAUCGAGCUAGGAUGUAUGCGUCUGAGGGCUGAGGAGUGGGGGAUGUGUACUGUGUAUAUUGUUGGACAAGUUUGAAUUCUUAUUCUUUCUUUCGUGGGUGUUGUUUUGGGAUUUCUUUCGGGUAAGAUCUCUUUUGCUUCACAGGGCUAGUUGCGCAUAUUUUGGCUGGUGCUCAUAAAUACUCCUGUCAUAUGUUCAAUUAUAUAUCUCCUCAGGAAAACUACAAUAACAUCCAUCUUUCAAUGCGAUUUGUAUAGAAACUCAUUAAUGUCUUAGAAUUGCUACUUCGAGAUGAUUAUGCAACUCCAAAUAUCUAGAAAAAGCAAGCGUUUGUAGGCACUAGGUACCAAAUUCGUAUGGAUCUUCAUCCAUCUCAGUCACUCCUUCGCUGCUCUGAAGCACCAAGAACCAGUAUAUUACAAUAUCCAUACUUUU